AUGGCCACCCUGUUUGGAUUAUGGUGUUUUCCCGCCGUAUUCUGCAUAUACCGGUUUUGGUGGCGUUUCCUGGUGUCGUGGUCGACUUUUUCCGUAGCGACGUUGUUCAUUGCUUCUAGAGCCGUUGGCCGGCACAUAUCCGGCUCCACUCCCAGGCUGGUGUACAAGUGGUUCCUGUUUCUUCACACGGCCAGUUACGUGUUUGGCAUGUGCAGUUAUUUCCUCGUACUCGGAGCCCUGUUUGGCUUGCACACGCUAAUUCAGGUUGAACCUCAUCGUCUUAUGGAUGCAGCACUAAUGCUGCUUUUCUACGGUCUCUAUUAUGGCGUCCUCAGUCGUGAUUUUGCUGAAAUCUGCACAGACAAGAUGGCUGCUCAUAUUGGAUACUACAACAAAGACGGCCUUCCGGGGAGAAUAUUAGAGCCAAACGUCUGCGCUGUAUGUGGUAACGAGCUGAGGUUAUGUUCGACCGGUCAACGGUUGGAAAAAACUUGCAGACUGAAUUGCAACCACAUGUGUCAUGAAUUUUGCAUCCGUGGGUGGUGCAUAGUAGGCAAGAAGGACAUUUGUCCAUAUUGCAAGGAAAGAGUGGAUUUGGCCAGAACAUUGCAGAAUCCAUGGCAGAAGCCUCACUUGUUUUAUGGCCAACUCCUUGACUGGAUUCGUUAUUUAUUGGCAUGGCAGCCACUAAUUAUUAUCUUCGUUCAGGGAAUAAACUAUGUAUUAGGCUUAGAAUGA